GCGCCCGGCGGACCGCACGUGGUUGUGUGGCCCGGCCUGGAGCCGGUGCUGGCGGAGAAGUGGUUUGAACUGCCCUCCCGGAGCGCGUGAGCCCAGCCGGAGCCAUGGAGGGCCAGAGCGUGGAGGAGCUGCUGGCAAAGGCGGAGCGGGACGAGGCGGAGAAGCUGCAGCGCAUCACGGUGCACAAGGAGCUGGAGCUGGAGUUCGACCUGGGGAACCUGCUGGCCUCGGACCGGAACCCCCCAACGGGGCUGCGGAGCGCGGGACCCACGCCAGAGGCCGAGCUGCGGGCCCUGGCGCGAGACAACACGCAGCUGCUCAUCAACCAGCUGUGGCAGCUGCCCACGGAGCGCGUGGAGGAGGCGCUGGUGGCGCGGCUGCCCGAGCCCACCACUCGCCUGCCGCGCGAGAAGCCGGUGCCCCGGCCGCGGCCGCUUACACGCUGGCAGCAGUUCGCGCACCUCAAGGGCAUCCGUCCCAAGAAGAAGAGCAAUCUGGUGUGGGACGAGGUGAGCGGCCAGUGGCGGCGCCGCUGGGGCUACCAGCGCGCCCGCGACGACACCAAGGAAUGGUUGAUCGAGGUGCCCGGCGGUGCCGACCCCUUGGAGGACCAGUUCGCCAAGCGGAUUCAGGCUAAGAAGGAACGGGUGGCCAAGAACGAGCUGAACCGGCUGCGUAACCUGGCCCGCGCGCACAAGACGCAGCUGCCCAGCGCGGCCGGCAUGCACCCUACCGGACACCAGAGUAAGGAGGAGCUGGGCCGUGCCAUGCAGGUGGCCAAGGUCUCCACCGCCUCUGUGGGGCGCUUCCAGGAGCGCCUGCCCAAGGAGAAGGCGCCCCGGGGCUCUGGCAAGAAGAGGAAGUUUCAGCCCCUUUUCGGGGACUUUGCAGCCGAGAAAAAGAGCCAGUUGGAGCUGCUGCGACUCAUGAACAGCAAAAAGCCUCAGCUGGACGUGACGAGGGCCACCAAUAAGCAGAUGAGGGAGGAGGACCAGGAGGAGGCGGCCAAGAGGAAGAAAAUGAGCCAGAAGGGCAAGAGAAAGGGGGGCCGGCAGGGUCCUGGGGGCAAGGGGAAAGGGGGCCCGCCCAGCCAGGGAAGAAAGAGGAAGGGGGUCUUGGGAGGCAAGAUGCAUUCCGGGCCGCCUGGCUUGGGUGGCAAGAGAAAAGGAGGGCAACAUCCAGGAGGAAAGAGGAGGAAGUAAAUUUCACCCGUGGACCCAUCUAAACCAAGAACUGUACUAAAUGUUGAGUUCUAGGUACUGUACUUUGGGGGGAUGCAGAAGAAGGUGACUGCCACCUUCAUUGGGCUUGAAGUUGAAGGGAUAGGAUUGCUCAUCCCUCAAGGUAGUUUGUAAAUGUUGGACUCUACAAAUUAAUGUUUUUCCCACAACCAAGACUUUGGAGAUUGAAGGAUGUAUUUGAGGACCUAAAAAUUAAGGAACGAAUUCGGUUGAAACUGGGCAUGAGUUCUGUUCUCAAACACAUGUUUUUUCUUUUUAACUUUGGAUAUGGUGUGAGGGACAGUUGGUCAUAUUUUAGAGACUUAGUUUGAUUUCUGCAUUAUUUUUAUAACAAACUUGUGUAUUUAUCAAAUCGAGGGGGAAACAUUACAUUUUCAGAACUGGACUUAAAAGUAACUGUUGUAAAGGUUAUUUAAUAAAACUAUAUCUGUAUCUAA